AGUAAGUGAGUGCGUCGCUUUGCGUAUACGCAUGCGUAUGUGUAUAUGCAUGUAUAUGUGGUGUAUGUAUACCUGUGUGUCUGCGUACAUGCACAACGCAUGUGAGUGUGAUGCGCGUCGUGUUCCUCCUGAGACGAGGCAGCGUCUGGCACGAGCACUAAGCUUCACCUGCCAACCCUGAAUAAACCUUGGAAUUAACACACAGCAGCAUGUCCAUUAUGAAGCAGCAGUGUGUAUCAGACCUAGAAAAUGAGAGGAAAAACUGCUCCUUUGAUAAAGAGGAGCUGACCAAUAUCAUGGAUGGGGGGGUGGAGAAGACUCAGUUUAGAAGAAGACUUGAGGAAUAUUUUCUCCGUGACCCCGAGUUUUUGGACAGCAUCGGGCCUGACUACAUGAGUCAUGAAGAUCGCUAUGCAAAUGAGCUCCGCAAAGCUUGCCACAUGAUUCACAAAUUUUCAGAGAAUGAGGAAAUAAACCAAGUUAUAGGUCGUCCAGAUGGAGUGAGGAGUAUCAUGGGAUUGGGUUUUCUUGGAGCACUGACUAGAGACGGCAACCCUCUGCAGCUGCAUCUUGGCAUGUUCAUCCCAACACUGAUUGGACAAGGAACUCCUGAACAGCAAGAGAAGUGGCUGGGCAAAGCGGUCCUUGGAGAAAUCAUAGGAACUUACGCCCAAACAGAGAUGGGUCAUGGCACCUUCCUGCGAGGCUUGGAGACAACUGCGACUUAUGAUCCAUCGACUCAGGAGUUCAUUCUUCACACUCCAACCAUCACAGCUACGAAGUGGUGGCCAGGAGGAUUGGGUAAAACAGCAAAUUACGCAGUUGUCAUGGCUCAGUUGUAUACAAAAAGACAGUGUUAUGGACCCCAUCCCUUCCUUGUGCAGUUAAGAGAUGAAAGAACGCAUCAGUCUCUCCCAGGUCUGACUGUUGGAGAGAUUGGGCCUAGACUUGGUAUGAACACGUCUGAUAAUGGCUUCCUUAGGUUUGACCAUUUCCGCAUUCCACGCACAAACAUGCUAAUGAAGCAUUCACAAGUCUUGGAGGACGGAACGUAUGUGAAGCCUUUGAGUAGUAAAUUAGCGUAUGGCACAAUGGUGUAUGUGAGGGUUGGCAUAUGCUUCUACUCAUGCCACUUGCUUCAGAAAGCUGUAACAAUUGCCACGCGAUAUUCUGCUGUGCGCCAUCAGUCAGAAAUGCUACCUGGAAUGCCAGAACCACAGAUUCUAGACUAUCAAACCCAACAGUAUAAAGUCCUGCCACAAAUUGCGACGGUGUUUGCCUUGCUGUUCUCUGCUCGCAGUGUUGGUGACACAUUCAUUGAGGCCACGAAGAGCAUGAACGAAGGCAGCUUGGCCCUGUUACCUGAACUGCAUGCACUCUCAUGUGGCCUGAAAGCCCUUAGUUCUACGGAUUCCACAUCAGGCAUUGACAUUUGUCGUCUGUCAUGUGGUGGGCAUGGGUAUUUGGCUUCUUCAAGUUUCCCACGACUGUACACCCUCUGUACUGCUACUAUGACCUAUGAGGGUGAAAAUACUGUCUUAUGGCUUCAGGUGGCUAGGUACAUCAUCAAGUCUUAUCAGGCGGCUAAGCGUGGAGAUGUUGUUGGUCCUUCAGUGGCUUACUUAGUUGAUAAAAACACAACAGAUGUAAAAACUGAUCUCUCUAAUGCUGGCCUUUUAGAAGCAUGUAGAAAGUCGGUAUGUGCAAUUGUGGCAGAAGUGGAAUCAAGAUUGCAGCAUUUGUGCAGUAAAGGACAAGAUUUUCAUCAUGCUUGGAAUAACAUGUCUGUCUUCCUUGUAAAGUGUGCUCAGGUGCAUACACGGUACUAUGUGUGUGAGCAGUAUGUGCAGACCAUUGAGAACCUCAAGCUGAGUGAUGGAUUAAGGGCAGUCUUGAGGAACCUGUGCCGGUUGUAUGUAGUAAAUCACAUCAUAGUCCACCAGGGUGACUUCCUUAGGUGUGGUGCUUUAUCCGCAAGUGAUAUGAAUGCAUUGGAGGAAGAGAUGAGUGAUCUUCUGGCAGCUCUAAGACCCCAGGCAGUCUCCAUUGUUGAUGCCUUUGACCUGGACGACUUCAUUCUCGAUUCCGUUCUUGGCAGCAAGGAUGGAAAUGUGUAUCAGAGGUUAUAUGAAGAGGCUCUGAAAAGUCCCCUUAACCAGAAGGAUGUUCCUGAUGCCUAUUAUAAAUACUUGCGCCCUUUGAUGAAGGCUAAUCUCUGAGUGGUGAAUGGAGUCAUCUGUCCUUUAGAGUUAAAAAAAGGGACUUAGCUGAUUGACGAAACUCCGCCAGAAGUGUGUCAUGCCAAUUUGAUUACAGAGCUACUGUAACCUCAGUUUUCUUCUUUGACUUUUUAAAGCUUUGUUGGAUAUCCAAUUAUGAAUUUGUAAUUCUGUGAAACUAUGUUGUAUUCUACAGACAGAAUAUUUAUCUACAGACAGAAUAUUUAUCUACAGACAGAAUAUUUAUCUACAGACAGAAUAUUUAUCUAUUUAUUUAUAUCUGUCUGUCUUUUUAUCUAUCUAUAUAUGUAUAUGUAUAUUUUUUCUUAUGUUCUUUUAGUUGAAUUACAGAAUUAUGGUUUUUAUAGUUGAUUUUAAGAAGGCAGAAAUAAUGCCUAUUCAUAUGGUUGUACUUUAUCUUUUUUUUUUACAUUUUUACUAAUGAUUACUUAGUCACAACUUGUGAACUCCAGAUCAUGCUGUCAUCAUAAGUAUUUUUUUAUGUGACAAAAAGUAAUUGGUUGAGGUUAGAAAAGAGGAAAAUUGGUGUGAUAUUAACUUUUGGAAGUGGAUUUUAUAUAAUUUAAAUCUAUGGGUUUUGAUAACAAAGUCAUAGUAAAUAUUACUAAUUUUGUAUAUAGAGAGAUUUAGUAAUACAUAUAGUAUUCCUUUAAAACAAUAUAUAAUACUCUGCAUUUAAUUUUAUAAUUAAUUUGUGAUAGUUUUGGUAGAUUUUGUUAGGCAGUUAUUGUUUAAAAACUUUGCCUAACAUUUGCUGCAUAAGUCAAGCAGUGAUACUGAUAUAUAAAUGUUAGCAUGUGAAUAGGUAUGUGCAUAAGACAUAUAUGCAUAAGUAUAAGACUUCUUUGCUUGAAAGAAGUGCUUCCCAGAUAAUAGUUUCAAAGAGCAAUGUGAUACCUUACUCUCCAAGAUAGCUCCACCUGUGGGAUUGAAACUAGAAACUUAGAUAAUAAUUGAUAGCCAAAGUAUGCCUUUUAAGAAAGCUACAGUAUGUGCAUGUGAAAGCAUUUUUUCAUGAAGAAAGUGUAUUUAUCAAAUUUGCAUCUUUAUUAUAUAAGCAUGGAAAUCUGACUGAAUAUAAGUAAUACAUUGUUCUGUGACCAGAUUGAUCAGUAUCUGCUAAUGUAAUACUGUUAACUUAUGAGUAGCCAUUCUGUUUAAUAGGGUGAAAGUUGGCUACUAACAGUCAACACAAAAAAGAGAAUAAGGGCCCUUGAGGUCAGCCCAAAGAGAAAAUUCUUAGAGAUUACAAAGUGUGCAGGGCAGUAAAAACCUUUGCUUGUAGUUGUCAGGUGCUACAAACUCAGCUGAUGUGAACAUAAAAUCUAUCCAAGUAGUCUUCUGAAAACUUUGAGGGGAAAAGGAAAAGGUAGACUGCAGAAGAUCUAGUGCAGUUGUGUAAUAGAAUAAAUGAACUUUUAUCCCCCACAAUACUCAACCUAUCAGAAGAUCAAGAAAGAUGAAGUUCUGGCCCUCUUAAGUCCAGCAUGGCACCUCUACAGCUGACCCAGGACCUUGAAUAACGGUGAUGUUGCACAGGAGUGUAGUUGAACAUUUAUGGCAUGGAACUGAGAAAGUAGAAAAAAGUAAAACUUAUCCCUCCCCAAAAAAGUACUCAAAAUGCGUAUUGAUUAUGAUACUGAUAAUGAUCAUGGUUGUCACGUUGACUUUCUCACACAUACAAUGGGAAUUUUGUGUAGCUCAUGUGUUUCUCUGGAGAUGCACAGUGUGGCUGUCACUUAUUCCUCCCCCCCCUACAUACUGCUCUCCCUUCAGACCACAUCGUAUUUUAACUGUGAAGAGAAAAAUCAACUCUGUUCUGGUGAAAUGCCUUUUUCCAAUUUUUCACAAGUUAACAGCCUCUUUGCCCAAUUUAUUGCUUGGCAGCCAGGCUUGGGAAAGUAGUCUUGGGGAGAUAAAAAGAAAUGCGGUGAAACAUUCUGUGUGAGAGGGUUAAUGAGGAUCAUUGUUAUGAUUGUUAUUAGUCAUUCAAUAAUAAUUGGGAUGAUGAAGAUAGUAUUGAUAAUAAUAAUAAUAUAUAAUCAUUUUUUGUAAUUGUUAUUAUAAUAAUGAUAAUAAUAAUAAUAAUAAU